AUGAAUUCUGCGAAGAAUAUCCUCACAAUUUAAUGCCAACACCUGGCUAUUGGAUUGAAUGUUCCCGCCAAAAAAUCUCCAUGCCCACCAAUCACACGAUAUGGGAUGAAAGUGAUUCGGAACAUGAGGAUGUGCGCGGGGGUAAUACCAGUGAUGCCUAUUUGGAGCGGGAGUGUAGUGACCUAUAUGAGGAUGAUGAGGAUUCGGAGGCGACACCAAGUCCUAGGAAAAAGACAACCAUCGAGGAACAAUGGGAACAAAAUGGGGCCUUCGAACUGAUCUCCGUGGAACAGGAGACCUAUGAGAAGUAUUUCUUUGGCCAUGAACAUUGGAAUUAUUUCACUAGCGAUGAGGAUUUGGGACCGGUGAUUUUGUCCAUAAAACAAGAGACCCUCAAUGGAAGGGAUCAAUUCCGCAUUCUCGUUCGGGCUGGCUCAUAUACGGUACAUGGUCUGAUACCUGCCUCAUGUGUCUUUGCGGAUAGAUAUAACCGCGAAGAAGUGGUGAGAUCUCUGGGCAAAGAAGUGAAUCUAAAUCCUCCCCUGACACUUGGCCAGCUGCCGGACACUCCCGAGGAAUUACUGAAACUGGAUCAGGUCUUUAUAAAAUCGGAGCUAAAGGUCGGUGUGAUCUAUGUCAAGGAGGACCAGUACACGGAGGAACAAAUUCUAGACAAUAAUGAAAAUUCCCUGCUAUUCGAUGAAUUCCUGACCCUGCUAGGUGAUCGUGUGCGCCUAAAGGGGUUCGACAAAUAUAAAGGUGGCCUUGAUACAGUACAUGAUUUAACAGGACUGUAUUCUGUAUAUACAAAUUGGCGUAACAUUGAGAUCAUGUUCCAUGUCUCCACCCUGCUGCCUUAUGAGAAACACGAUCCUCAAAAACUGCAACGGAAGCGGCACAUCGGCAACGACAUUGUCUGUGUGGUGUUUUUGGAGGCAGACAAUACCCGCUUUAGUCCGGCCUGUAUAAAAAGUCAUUUUUUGCAUACGUUUAUAUUGGUACGAGUCUCAGCCAGAAUAAAACACAAACCCACACGGUAUGAGGUGUCGGUGGUGACGCGUGACGAAGUUGGUGCCUAUAAGCCAUAUUUGUGGGAACAAUCGGUAUUCGAAAAGGGGCCAAUGUGCAGAGAAUGGCUCCUAACGAAAAUCGUCAAUGGUGAACGUGCCUCAUAUUCCGCUCCGAAAUUCGCCCGCAUGCAAGAACGCACCCGCUCCCAAAUGCUAGAGGAUUUGGUAAUGAAUCUGUCGAAUCAUGCCGAGACGGGCCAGAUACCGAAACCAUAUCGCCGCGGCUCAUGGCGCCCAAUUGGCCACAUGAGACCCUCAUCGCCAUUGUUGGACUCGGUACGCGAUCAAUUCGAAGAUUACGAUCAGUUGGCGAAAGAUUUUACUCGUGUAUUUUUAAAUUCUGAACCAUCGUGCCUACAAAAUGCUCACCUGUUCGAUGUCACCUUUCUGGUUGGCCAAUCGAAGCAGAAAGCCCGAUUUAUUGGUGUGCGAGCGAUAUUGGGUGUACGAAGUCGGGUGUUUCAGGAAAUGCUCUAUGGCAUCCAAACCGGUUUCGGCUCACCCCAAAUACCAGUUGCUGAAAUAUUUGCGCGUCCAGCGCCAUCAUUGGUUUCACCACAAAAUCAAAAACCGAAAAGUAAUAAUUAUCUCACGGUACCCGAUUCCGAUUCGAUACGACCGAAAAGUGUACCCUCAUCACCCAUGGUGAAGAGGGCUUUCUCACGGCUGGGUACCAUCACUGCCGGUUGGGGUCGUUCGAUACGCAACAAAAAUACGAAUCAAUUGAAUCCGGAGGAUAAAAAGAAAUGGAUCUCGUCGACAGAUUGUUCGAACAGGGAUAGCAAAGAAAAAGACAAGGACAAAUCGGGUAACAAUUUGGCUGUGCCUCGUCUAUCGGUGUGUGCCGAUGCCCAAAAGGUGGACCGGGCGAAACUGGCGCAAACCGAAUUUACCAUCAUUGAAUUCGAUCCGGAAACAUUUAGGGUGCUGUUGGACUAUCUACACACGGGCACCUGCCCCCUGACAUGUGUCUCCAUACCAGGUCUCCUCUGUGCUGCCGAACACUACGACCUACCCGAACUGCUGCAGGCCUGCUUCCAUCACUGCAAACAAUUCCUGCGCAUCGAAGUCGUCUGUCCCAUGCUGAUAUCCUUGGAGAACUACUAUUGGCGUUACACGUCCGCUUCCGAAUUGGUCAACAUGAUUCUGUCCUUUGUCGAGAACAAAGCUCAUGCCCUCUUCAAGUGCCCCGAAUUCCUUAACCUCUCCGAGUCCAUGGUCCAAAUGAUAAUGUGCCGUGAAUUGCAAUGUCCCGAAAUUCGUAAAUUCGAGGCAAUGUUGGCCUGGGCCAAACACAAAGUGUCGAAAAUGAAAGUCCAUCCGAACAAGGAUAGCCAAUUCGAAUUCGAAUGCAUUAUGGAAAGGCUCACGCGCGAUCUCAACCUCUGUCGCAUUUCACCCAGUGAACUGUUGUCGAUUGUCCUGCCCUCGAAGGCACUGAAAAACGAACGAAUCAUGGAAACGCUAAUGAUGCAGGUCAAUUUGGGCACGUACCGCAUGCAGGAACUGGAUGAGUAUCGCCAACAGUUGCGCAGCCAAGAAUCGGCCGAGGCCGAAGUCCAUCAUCGGGGUGGAUGAGAUAGUAAGAAUGUUAGUUUCGAUAUUGAUCGUGGCGGUGGCAGUGGGGCCAGUGGUGGAGAUGUUUCAAACGCUUAUGAUUCCACCGCCGAUGAUGAGGUGGAAUUUUAUACCGAUUUUGAUGCAAAUCCCACUACAAGCCGAGUGGCGGCGCAAAUGCAGGCGGCCAAGGAGGCGAGACGAAGGCGGUGGGCGGGUGAUGGCGCGUCGGCGGGUAGUACGGAUUGUGGGAAGAGAU